AUGGAGAAUGGAAGCCUACCCGAGGAUAAAAAAGAGGCAAGGAAGGUGAAGCGCCGAGCACCACACUUCUCAUACCGCGAUGGCACCCUAUACAGAAAGUCAUUCUCACAUCCAUGGUCCAGAUGCCUCACGGUUGAAGAAGGAGAAUACGUCUUAGCCGAAAUACACGAAGACAUGUGUGGAAGCCACAUCUCCCAUUUAGCACUCUGUCGAAAAGCGGUAUUACAAGGUUACGACUGGCCGACAAUGGCACAAGAUGCAGCAAGCUUGGUACAAAAAUGCGAGAAAUGUCAAUAUCACCAGAAUGUGCAUCAUCAACCCACAAACGAGCAAAGUCCGAUAAUAAGUCCCUCUGUAAUACCCCGAAAAUUUAAGGAUGUAAUCUUAAAAGAACGGACGUGGCCUUUUCGUAAAUAA